AUGGCACCUACUGCAUCUUCUGCCAUUGGACGAAGUGAUUUCCUCCGUGCUUGGAAAGACUGCCUUCCCGAGCCAUGGAGAGGCGAUGCAACAUUAUCAAAGCUACAAGAUGGAGUAUACCGAAGCCCCGAUCCUACAUCAAUUUUCUUUGUGGAGCCGUCGCAACGCCAGCAGAGCACCAAGGCUGCCGCGGCCCCAGCGGCCAAGGCCAAAACCAGCAGGAAUUGGCAUGAAUUGCUCAAAAAACGCAGUUGA